UAAUGGGUGUGUGAAGAUUUCGUGCCAUUUACAUCUAAUUUUUCGAGUUAAGAAAUACGAAGAUGCCGAAAGUUCGAGCUAGAAAGACUAAUAAAGCUAACUGGACUAUGGACCACCUUGAAAAAGCUAUAAAGCUCAUCGAUGAACAAAAUUUUUCUAUAAGAAAAGCCGCGAAGACAAUGAAUAUUCCAUUUGCCAGUCUUCACAAGAGAUAUAAAAAAAAUAUAGUUAAGGCACCUCGUCUUGGCCGUAAUACUGUCUUCAGUGCUGAGAUGGAAAAGGAAUUAGCUGACAUAAUAAAAAAAAUGGCCAACAUAUUCUACGGUUGCACCCCAAACCAAAUAAAAAGAGCAGCAUUUGCAUACGCUGAAGCCCUAAAUCUGAAACACAAUUUUAAUACGAGUUCAAGAUUAGCUGGUCGAGUUUGGUUUGAGGGAUUUAUUGCCAGGAAUAAUGUUUCUGUGCGGAAACCCGAAGCUACUAGUAUCAAUAGGGUUACAGCCUUCAACAAGACUGAAGUUCAACGAUUCUACAAGCUACUAGAAGAACUAAUGGGAAAAUACAAAUUUAUCCAGAAAAAUAUUUAUAAUUGUGACGAAACCGGAAUCUCUACCGUCCAAGAACCCGAAAAAGUAUUAGCUGCUACGGGACAAAAGAGAGUAGGGUCCAUAACAAGUUGGGAACGGGGUAAGAAUAUCACUUUACUCUGCGCUAUGAGCGCUGCAGGUGGAUAUGUCCCGCCAAUGUUUAUUUUUCCCCGAAAGAGGAUGACCCCGACUCUUGAAAAAGAUGGGCCAACAGGAGCAAUAUACAAAUGUUCGGACAAUGGAUGGAUAAAUGAAGAACUUUUCCUCCAAUGGCUUAAGCACUUUAUCCAGUAUGCCAAACUCUAUCUUCUUGAGCCAUCUUUGAGUAUUGUAAGGAGAACUAUGUCCAUAUGCUAUCUCUACCACCACAUACAUCUCAUCGCAUGCAGCCAUUAGAUGUGUCCUUUUUUGGUCCAUUUAAAGCUGCAUAUAGAAGAGAAUGCGAUUUAUACAUGAAGAGUCAACUGUCCCAAAGAAUAACACCCUAUGAAAUAGCUUCGUUGGUUAAAAAAGCAUUUUCUAAUGUUGCCUCCUUGAGUAAGGCCGAAGCAGGAUUCAAAUCAACGGGCAUAUUUCCUAUAAACCCAAAUGUUUUUUCAGAUGAAGACUUUAUAGCAGCUGAAGUCUUUCAAUCAGAGCCAAUUGUUGUUCAAGAUGUUGCUGACUCUAUUUUUGAAUCGACUUCUGCUGGUGCUGUUGUCCAUGCAUCAUCCCUAACGCCUACUUUUGAGCUAGAACGAAAUAUUCCUACUCCAAGUACAUCCACAUUCUGUCCCACUACUUCUGGACCAGCGACUGUAUCGUUGUCUCAAAUUGAUAUACCAUCAACAUCUAAGGAUCUGCCAAGUAUUCAAAAUUUCAUUCAGAUGCCUCAGAAGGUAGCUGUUGUCAAAACAAGACAAGGAAUGAAAAAACAGCAUGCAACAAUUUUAACAUCCACACCGAUCAAAGACGCCCUAGUUGAAAAAGAAAAUAAAAGGAAAGCCAAAGCUGUGAAAAACGAAGGAAAAAGAACAGGAAAGAAAAUUAAGCCACAGAAGGGUAGUCGUGACAAGGUUAAGAAGAAAAUUCUGCAGGACUCCAAUGAUACUUCGACGUCAGACGUGAACACGGUUGUGUUAUGCCAGGAAAAUGACGAUGCAGAAGAUGCAAGCAGCUUGUGUCUUGUAUGCGGUGAAUUCGGCCGAAACAAUGAAACCUGGUACCGGUGCACUUCUUGUGGGCUCUGGGCUCAUGCCGACUGUACUGGGUGGGAUACUGCGCACAAUUAUGUUUGCGAUAUGUGUUGAUCACCAUUGCCCACAUACUGAUCACCAUUGCCAACCUAAGUUGACAACCGGGAUCAAAGUUAUUUUUUUUUUUAAAUUCUAUUGUACCAAAACUAGUAAACCAAUGUAAUUAAAGUUGAUCUGAAUCGAUAGUUAGUAGAGUAAAGUUUAUAAUAAAAACAGAGUAAUAAAAAGUUGAUUCAUAGAUUAGCUUUUUUUUUCAUUUUCGCUUAAGUGAUCCCCAUUACCUACAUUUAC